AUGCUAUUAGCAUUAGCAUUGUCUUCUGUUUGCUUCUUCUUUGUUGGUCACGCUCAACAACCUUCGGGAAAUGCAUCAUUCCCAGCACUAUUCGCCUUUGGAGAUUCGAUUCUUGAUACCGGCAACAACAACUUCCUCCUGUCUGCUUCCAAAUGCAAUUUCUUUCCGUAUGGUAGAAAUUUUCCAGGCGGCAUACCAACCGGAAGAUUUGGAAACGGAAGAGUUUUCUCCGAUAUAAUCACCGAUGGUUUGGGGAUUAAAACUCUCUUACCAGCUUUCCGAGAUCCCAACCUUUCGAACGAUGAACUUCCGACCGGUGUUUGCUUCGCAUCUGGUGGAUCCGGAUUCGAUCGAACAACUUACGGUUUCCAAAACGUUAUAGGGGUUCCAGAUCAGGUGAAUGAUUUCCAAAACUACGUCGGUAGACUAAACAACGCUGUAGGAAGCGAGGAAGCAAACGCAAUUAUUUCAAACGCCGUUUUUUUAAUAUCAUCCGGAAAUAAUGAUAUUGCCAUCAGCUUCCCGCAGAGGGGUUUACUAUACGGUGGUAUUGGAGGUUACAGUGAUCAAUUGGUCACUUGGACUAAUGAUUUUAUAAAGAGUCUAUAUAAUAUGGGUGCAAGAAAAUUUGCGGUUAUGGGAACUCUACCGCUAGGUUGCUUGCCAGCACAAGCCGCCUUUCUAAGAAGUUGUUCAGUCCCUGUAAAUCUAUUGGCUGAUACUUUCAACCAAAAAUUAUCUGCGAACCUUGAUAAUCUCGGGACAACAUUUCCUGGUGCCAAAUUUGCCUACGUAGACAUGUAUAGUUCUCUUCUUGGUGUCAUCAACAAUCCUCUAGCUUCAGGGUUUAUUGAUACGACUGAUGGAUGUGUGCUGAUGCCUAUUCCGUGCUUGGAUGCAAAUACUUUCGUGUUUUGGGACUAUGCUCAUCCGACCGAGAAGUCAUAUCUAACGAUUGCACCGCCGCUUGUAGAAGAGCUCAAGGAGAAACUCGCAUGA